AAUAAUAGUCACAUAUAGAUACUAUUUAAAGCACUAUCUACUGAUAAGGGCUAACCAACAACAAUCAUGCUCAUGUCGAAAGCUAUGUGGUUGCAGAUUCAAUGCCAGGUUUUGUUUGCUUCCGUCGAGACACGUCACCAAACUCCAACCACACAAUGAAGAUUCACAUGUUUCUAGUAAAUUUACUACUAAUUAGCAGUGUCAUGAUUGGUUGUAAUGCAAGGUGCAGCAUGAAGAUAGGUGAUCAAGUUUCCGGUGAACGAUUGCUGCACAACAUAACCAUUUCGAAAGGACCUUUGGAUGUGGAACAAAUAAUCGAAAUGGAGCUGGAUUAUCGCGUUAGUCCGCUACAAAGCGAAGAAAUUAGCUACGUCCAGCUCGAUGGUACCGGUCCCGGGUGUUCCGCUAUCAUAAGUAAUAGUGUGGAUCGCAAAAAGCAAUUGUAUGGUACGGUUUCGAGUACAAGCGAACUCAGAGAGUUUUCCGUCACACUCUCAGUGUAUGGAAUUAUAAGAAUAAACGGUUCUUGAUCAGUAUUGGAAAACAGCACUGAAAACUAUAGGAGAAGCAUACCAAACUGACACUGUA